AUGGACAAAGACCAAAGUCACACGACUGAGCGGAUAUUAGACCUCACCCUGGAAAUCAUCUACUUGCUGACCGGAGAGGGUGUUAAAGGGAAAGAAGAAGAGACGUUGGUGAGUGGAGCUCCGCAGUCUAUGAAGGAGGGGGAGAUGAUGAAGGGUAAGCCGGAGGAACCUUCUCAACGUAUGGACACAAAUGGACACUAUGCCGGGAAGAGACAUCACCGACCUUCCCGCUCCGAAACAUCAAUGGAUCCCUCUAAUCCUGAGGAACCUUUUGGUCCAUCACAGACUGUUACUCCAGAUCGACCUCUGAGAUCUCAGAGUGCGAAGAGAUCAACACCUCCCUCCAAUCCCAAGGAAUCAUCUUCCAGGCAUGGAGGAGAUCACCCGGGAGAGAGUUCCUGGUCAUGCUCAGUGUGCGGGAUAGCUUUCACUGAAAACAAAUUUCUUCUUAAACACUUGAAAAGCCACAAGAGUGAGCGUCCUUUCACGUGCCCAGAGUGCGGGAAACACUUCACUUUAAAAGGAAACCUUGUUAGACACCAGAGGCGUCACUCAGGUCAGCGUCCUUUCUCAUGUUCAGAGUGUGGGAAGUGUUUCACUGAGAAAAAAUCCCUUGACAUACACGAGAGAACUCACACGGGCGAGCGCCCCUUUUCAUGUUCUCAGUGUGGGAAAUGCUUCAGUGAGAAAAGAUGUCUCAUUAGACACGAGAGAAGUCACACGGGCGAGCGUCCCUAUUCGUGUUCAGUGUGCAAGAAGUGUUUUGCCCAUAAAGGAAGCCUUCUUCUGCACCAGAGAAAUCACACGGGUCACCGUCCUUUUUCAUGUUCAGAGUGCGGGAAAACGUUCACUCAGAAAGCACACUUUCUUUCACACCAGAGAAACCACACAGGCGAGUGUCCGUUUGCGUGUUUGGAUUGCGGGAAAUGUUUCAUUCACAAAGGAAGCCUUGUUGCCCACCAGAGAAGUCACACAGGUGAACGACCUUAUACAUGUUCAGAGUGUGGGAAAAGCUUCAGCCAAAAAGGAAACCUUACUAAACACCAGAGAAGUCACACGGGUGAGCGUCCAUUUUCAUGUUUAGAGUGCGGGUUUUCUUUCACUGUGAAAGGAGACCUUCUUAAUCACCAGAGAAGUCACACGGGUGAGCGUCCUUAUUCAUGUCCAACGUGUGGGAAAUGUUUCAUUCUGAAAAAGACUCUUCUUCAACACCAGAGAAGUCACACGGGUGAGCGUCCCUAUUCAUGUUUAACGUGUGGGAAAUGUUUCAUUCACAAAGUAAACCUUGUUGAACACGAGAGAAGUCACACAGGUGAGCGUCCUUUCUCAUGUAAAGAGUGUGGGAAAAGUUUCACUCACAGGGCAGGUCUCAUUUCACACCAGAGAAGUCACACGGGUGAGCGUCCAUAUGCAUGUUCAGAGUGUGGGAAGCGUUUCACUCACAGAGGAAGCCUUGUUUCCCACCAGAAAAUUCAUACAUGUGAGCGCCCUUAUUCGUGCUCAGAGUGUGGGAAAAGCUUUGCCGAGAAAUCAAAGCUGCUAAUACAUCACAGAUGCCACACAGGUGAGCGCCCUUAUUCGUGUUCAGUGUGUGGGAAAUGUUUCACUCAGAAAGGAGCACUUGGGAUACACCAGAAAAUUCACACAGGCGAGCGUCCUCACUCGUGCUCAGUGUGCGGUAAAGGUUUCAUUAUGAAAACUGCGCUAGUUAUACACCAGAGAAUACAUACGGGCGAGCGUCCUUUCUCGUGCUCGGUGUGCGGGAAAAGUUUUAUUGAGAAAAGACAACUUGUUCAACAUCAGAAAAUUCACAAUUAGGGGGAACGUCUUUUCACAUGUUUAGAGUGCGGGAAAAUCCUAACAAAGAAAACAAACCUUCUUAGACACCAGAGAACUCACACGGGGGAACGCCCCUUUUCAUGUCUAGAGUGCGGGAAAGGUUAUGCUUCCAAACAAGGUUUUCUUAUACACCAAAGAAGUCAUACAGGCGAGCGUCCUUUUUCAUGUUCAGAGUGUGGAAAGGGUUUCACUCAGAAAAAAAUCCUUCUGUCACACCAGAGAAGUCACACAGGUGUAUACCCCUUUACAUGUCCAGAGUGUGGAAAAGGUUUUACUUCCAAAGCAGCUUUCCUUUCACACAAACUAACUCAUACAGGCGAGCGUCCUUUUUCAUGUUCAGAGUGCGGAAAAUCCUUCACUUCAAAGACAAGCCUUGUUGCACACCAGGGAAAUCACACAGAUGAACGUCCUUAUUCAUGUCCAGAGUGCGGGAAAAAUUUUGUUCAAAGAAGACAGCUUUUCAGACACCAGAAAACCCACACGGGCGUGCGUCCAUUUUCAUGUACCGAAUGUGGUAAAUCUUUUCGUUGGAAAAAAACACUUCUUACACACCAAAGAAGUCACAAGGGCAAGAGUCCUUAUGCAUGUCCAGAGUGCGGGAAAAGUUUUAUUAAGACAGCAGACCUUCGCAAACACCAGAAAAGUCACACAGGUGAACAUCCUUAUUCAUGUACAGAAUGCGGGCAAAGUUUCAUCCUGAGAGGGGACCUUCGUAAACACAAAAGAAGCCACACAGGCAAGCGUCCUUAUUCAUGUCCAGAGUGCGGGAAAUGUUUCACUCGCAGAAAUUCACUUAUCAGACACCAGAAAAUUCACACGGGCGAGCGUCCUUUCUCGUGUUCCGAUUGCGCAAAAUCUUUUAUUGAGAGGGGAGACCUCGUUAAACACCAGAUAAUUCACACGGAUGGCCAGCCUUUUUCAUGUUCAGAAUGCGGGAAGAGUUUCACAAUGAAAAAUGCUUUUGUCAGACACCAGAAAAUUCACACGGGCGAGCGUCCUUUCUCGUGUUCUGAUUGCGCGAAAUCUUUUGUGCAGAGGGGAGACCUCGUUAAACACCAGAGAAUUCACACGGGUGACAAGCCCUUUUCAUGUUCAGAGUGCGGGAAAGGCUUCACUGACAGUGCAAACCUUGUUAGACACCAGAGAAUUCACACGGGCGAACUUCCUUUCUCAUGUUCAGAGUGCGGGAAAUGUUUCAAUCACAACGGCAGCCUUCUUCUGCACCGGAGAAAUCACACGGGUGAGCGUCCUUACUCGUGUUCGGAGUGCGGGAAAAGUUUUACUCAAAAAGGAAACCUUACUCAGCACCAGAAAAUUCACACGGGAGAGCGUCCAUUUUUAUGUUUAGAGUGCGGGUUUUCUUUCACCGCGAAAUCAGACCUUCUUAAACACCAGAGAAGUCACACAGGUGAGCGCCCUAAUUCAUGCUCAGUGUGUGGAAAAAGUUUCAUUUUGAAAAAGACUCUUCUUCAACACCAGAGAUGUCACACAGCUGAGCGUCCUUAUUCAUGUUCAGAUUGUGGGAAACGUUUCACUUACAGAGGAGGCCUUGUUUCACACCAGAAAAUUCACAUGGAUGAGCGUCCUUUUUCAUGCUCAGAGUGCAGAAAAUGUUUCAGUCGCAAAGGAGACCUUGUUUCCCACCAGAGAAGUCACACAGGUGAGCGUCCUUAUUCGUGUUCAGAGUGCGGGAAAUCUUUCACUCACAGAGGAGGCCUUGUUUCACAUCAGAAAAUUCAUACAGGUGAGCGGCCUUUUUCAUGCUCAGUGUGCGGAAAAGGUUUCGGUGAGAAAGCGCAACUUCUAAUACAUCAGAGAAUCCACACGGGUGAGCGCCCUUUUUCGUGCUCUGUGUGUGGAAAAUGUUUUACUCAGAAGGGAGCACUUGGUGUACACCAGAAACUUCACACAGGCGAGCGUCCUCAUUCGUGUUCAGUGUGCGGUAAAGGUUUCAUUAUGAAAACGGCGCUUGCUGUACACCAGAGAAGUCACACGGGCGAGCGCCCUUAUUCAUGCUCAUUGUGCGGAAAAGGUUUCUUUCAGAAAGGAGGCCUUGUUCAACACCAAAAAGAUUAUAAAGUAGUGAAGAAAAUAUCUGGGGAGCCAUUCACACCAAGAAGAUGUCUUCAUGGGACAUCACCCAUCGAAGUGCUACCAACUCUCUCCAUGACACCCAAGAGAAAAGAGAAGAAGAUUCUGGAAGUCAUCAAGAAGAUGGUGGAGCUGCUGACGGGAGAGAGCAUUAUUUCUGGAUAUUUCUCUCCCACAGACCGACACUAUGCCGGGAACAGACGUCACCGACCUUCCCGCUCAGAGACAUCAAUGGAUCCCUCCAAUCCUGAGGAACCUUCUGAUCAGUCACAGACUGUUACUCCAGAUAGACCUCUGAGAUCUCAGAGUGCAAAGAGAUCAACAGAUCCCUCCAAUCCCAAGGAAUCUUCUACAAGCCAUGAAGGAGAUCGCACGGGAAAGAGUUCAUUGUCAUGUUCAGUGUGUGGGAAAAGUUUCACUAAAAAGAAAGACCUUCUUAAACACCAGAGAAGUCACAAGAGAGAGCGUCCUUUCUCAUGCUCAGAGUGCGGUAAAUGUUUCACCGAGAAGAGACUCCUGCAAAGACACCAGAAACGUCACACGGGUGAGCGUCCUUUCUCAUGUUCAAAGUGUGAGAAAAGUUUUACUGAGAAGAAAUCCCUUUAUAUACAUGAGAGAAGUCACACAGGUGAACGCCCCUUUUCAUGUUCAGUGUGCGGGAAGGGUUUCGCAGAUAAAGGAAACCUCCUUACGCACCAGAGAAAACAUACAGGUGAGCGUCCUUUUUCAUGCUCGGAGUGCGGGAAAAGUUUUACUUUGAAAGGAAGCCUUGUUAGACACCAGAGACGCCACACGGGUGAGCGUCCUUUCUCAUGUUCAGAGUGCGGGAAACGUUUCACUGAGAAAAGAUGUCUUAAUAGGCAUGAAAGAAGUCACACUGGCAACCGUCCUUACUCGUGUUCAGAAUGCGGGAAGAGUUUUGCUGAUAAAGGAAGCCUCCUUCUGCACCAGAGAACUCACACGGGUGAACGUCCUUUUCCAUGUGCAGAGUGCGGGAAAACUUUCACUGAUAAAGUAAAGCUUCUUUCACACCAGAGAAUUCACACCGGUGAGCGCCCUUAUUCAUGUUCAGAGUGCGGGAAAUGUUUUAUUCACAAAGGAAGCCUUCUUUUACACCAGAGAAAUCACACGGGUGAGCGUCCUUAUCCAUGUUCAGAGUGCGACAAAAGUUUUACCCAAAAAGGAAACCUUACUAAACACCAGAGAAUUCACACCGGUGAGCGCCCUUUUUCAUGUUCAGAGUGUGGUUUCUCGUUUACUGCGAAAUCAGACCUUCUUAAUCACCAGAGAAGUCACACAGGUGAACGUCCAUAUUCAUGCUCGGCCUGUGGGAAAUGUUUCAUUCUGAAAAAGACACUUCUUCAACACCAGAAGAGUCACACGGGUGAGCGUCCUUUUUCAUGCUCCGUGUGCGGGAAGAGCUUUGUUCACAAAGGAGGCCUUGUUUCCCACCAGCGGAGACACACAGGUGAGCGUCCCUAUUCAUGUUCAGAGUGCGGGAAAAGUUUCUCUCACAGAGGGGGGCUUGCUUCACACCAGAGAAGUCACACGAGUGAGCGCCCUUAUUCGUGUUCGGAGUGCGGGAAAGGUUUCAUUCAGAAAGGAGACCUCCUUAAACACCAGCGAGUUCACACUGGUGAACGCCCUUAUUCCUGCUCUGUGUGCGGAAAAGGUUUUGCGGAGAAAGCACAACUUCUCAUACACCACAGAAGUCACACGGGUGAGCGUCCGUUUUCAUGUUCAGUUUGUGAAAAAAGUUUCACGCAAAGGGGAGGACUUUUUACACACCAGAAAAUUCACACAGGAGAGCGUCCUCAUUCAUGCUCAGAGUGCGGUAAAGGCUUCAUAAUGAAAACUUCACUUGUUAUACACCAGAGAAUUCACACGGGCGAGCGUCCUUUUUCAUGCUCAGAGUGCGGGAAAUGUUUCAUUCACAAAGGAGGCCUUGUGACACACCAGAGAGUUCACACGGGUGAGCGUCCUUUCUCGUGUGCAGAGUGCGGGAAGAGUUUCACCGAGAAGGCAAAACUUUUAAUACACCAGAGAAGUCACACGGGGGAACGUCCUUUCUCCUGUUUAGAGUGUGGGAAAAGCUUCCCUGAGAAAACAGGUCUCCAUAGACACGAGAGAAGUCACACAGGUGAGCGUCCCUAUUCUUGUUCAGUGUGUGGGAAGUGUUUUACUGAGAAAGGAAAUCUUCUUCUACAUGAGAGAAAGCACAUGGGUGAGCGCCCCUAUUCGUGUUCAGAGUGCGGGAAGUGUUUCGCUGAUAAAGGAAGCCUUCUUCUGCACCAGAGAAACCACACAGGUGAACGUCCUUAUUCAUGUUCAGAGUGUGGGAAAUGUUUCAUUCUCAAAGGAGGCCUUGUUGCACAUCAGAGAAUUCAUACUGGUGAGCGUCCUUUCCCAUGUUCUGAGUGUGGCAAAACUUUCACCCAAAAAGGAAACCUUGUUAAACAUGAGAGAAUACACACAGGUGUGCGUCCUUUUUUGUGUUUAGAGUGCGGCUUUUCUUUCACUGUGAAAGGAGACCUUCUAAAUCACCAGCGAAGUCAUACAGGUGAGCGUCCUUAUUCAUGCUCAGAGUGUGGGAAAAGUUUCAUUCUGAGAAAGACACUUCUCACACACCAGAGAAUUCACACGGGUGAGCGUCCUUAUUCGUGUUCAACCUGCGGGAAAUGUUUCAUUCACAAAGUAAACCUUGUUGAACACCAGAGACGUCACACCGGUGAGCGACCUUAUUCAUGUACGCAGUGUGGGAAAAGUUUCAUUCAGAGAGGAGGUCUUCUUUCACACCAAAAAAGCCACAAGGGUGACCCUUCGCAUUCACGUUCAGAACGUGGGAAAGGUUUCACUCAGAAAGGAGACCUUAAAGAGCAGAAAAGGAAGGUUGUAUCCACCAGCGGGGAGGUUGUAUCUAUCAGCGGGGAGGUUGUAUCCACCAGCGGGGAGGUUGUAUCCAUCAGCGGGGAGGUUGUAUCCACCAGCGGGGAGGUUGUAUCCAUCAGCGGGGAGGUUGUAUCCACCAGCGGGGAGGUUGUAUCCAUCAGCGGGGAGGUUGUAUCCACCAGCGGGGAGGUUGUAUCCACCAGCAGGGAGGUUGUAUCCACCAGCCCUCUGUGGUGUUUGGACAGCCAUGGGAAGAUUACUUCAGGAGAUAUGAAGUUGGGUCAUAAAGAACUAAACAUCUGGAAAAGCUUCAACUUCUGGGACGAGGAGCCCACUGAGAUGCCCGAAAUAUCUAGAUCCUGUCUGGUUUUCUUCAGCAAGACUCCCAAUACCAGAACAAACAACACCGGGGACACGUGGCCUCCUUGCCUCAUUCCAUUGGAGAUUUCAAAGCCAGAGGAGACUAUAAUAUGA